UGAGCAGCGGGAGCAUUCUUCCAAGGUAAUGAUUAAGCUGAGUCCCCGGCAAGGGCACGGGCUGAGCUGGGAAGGUGAGCCCUAUUCACACCUCGGCCAGGCUGCGGUGGCCAGGACUGGUUUGGGAAGGCAGGGCCCCGGUGUGCAGGGGCCCCGAGCCAGCAGCCACAGCCUCCUACCUGCACAAGGGUGUUCGGGAGCAUCUCAGGGCCGGAGACUUUGCUGCCCGCCCUGCCGGGACUUUGUCCUCACCCCCAGCACCAUGAAGCUCCAGGUGUUCUGGACUGGGCUGGAAUACACCUGCCGGCUCCUGGGCAUUACCACUGCUGCAGUGUUGAUCGGCGUGGGCACUGAGACCUUCCUCCAGGGCCAGUUCAAAAGCCUGGCUUUCUAUCUGCUGUUUACAGGAGCCGCUGUCUCCAUAUGCGAAGGGGCCUACUUUGUGGCUCAGCUGUUGGCCAUCUGCUUCCAGUGUCAACCAGGAUCCCUGGCAGACAGAGUAAGGGAGAAGGCUCACUGGCUAGGCUGCUUCCAGAAGUUCCUGGCCUACCUGCUGCUGUCGGUGGCCUGCUUCCUCCACCCUGUCCUGGUCUGGCACGUGACCAUCCCAGGCUCCAUGCUCAUCGUCACCGGCCUGGCCUACUUCCUUCUGAGCAAGCGGAAGAAGAGGAAAGCUGUCCCCGAGGUGCUGGCCUCCCCAGAGCAGUACACAGACCCCUCCAGCAGCGCCGUGAGCACUACCGGCUCUGGGGACACAGAGCAAACCUACACCUUCCAUGGAGCCCUCAAGGAGGGGCCCAGCUCCCUCUUCAUCCACAUGAAGAGUAUCCUGAAGGGGACCAAGAAGCCCAGUGCUCUCCAGCCCCCCAACACACUGAUGGAGCUGAGCCUGGAGCCAGCCGACUCCCUGGCCAAAAAGAAGCAGGUGCAUUUUGAAGACAACGUGGUCCGCAUCGUCCCCUCCCUCGCCGAAGGUCUGGAUGAUGGGGACAGUGAGCCAGAAGAGGAGACCACCUCUGACACGACACCCAUCAUUCCCCCUCCCCAGGCCCCAGUCUUCCUGUCAUCUCUUACAGGCACUGGCCUGUUCUAAGUGCCUAUUCUUGCUCCAGCCUGGAGGACACUCAGUGAGGGGUCUACCUAGCUCAAUGGCCCUCCCUGGAGUUUCAGGGUCUUCUCAGGUCAGCUUUUCAAGGGGUAAACAGACACCCCCACGCUGGCUGGGCCCCUGAGGCCAUCAGGAGGUGUGACUGGCCAGCGUUUCUGCAGAGGCCUCGAGGGAGGCACAAACAAGGCUCAUGCCACCUCAAGCCAGCACAAGCUCCUUCCUCCUGGCCACAGGUGGGGAAACACAUGCUUCCCCAACGAGACCAUCAUUCCCACUGCGCACGAGGCUGCAGGCGCCAUUGCCUCAGCCCAGAAAGGACAGAGGAUGUCUGCCCAGCAAAAACCUCUGGCCUUUUCUUACUCCUGAUCCAGGGCCCAGCACUCAGUGAGGAACCCGUGAUCCACCCAUCUCUGAAGGCCCAGGGAAGUGUCAGCAACUUAAGCAUCUCUAAGGCAGGAGAAGGUGGCCAUGGGUCUUGACCAACCGAGACUGCUCAGGGUCGGGAGAGGAGACUGCAGGACUCUGGUGGGAGCAGUCGGGCCGUGGGCCGCAUUCUCUGCAUGCUCCAGGGCUGGGGCUGAGCUGCUCAGGGAAACAAUGCCGCGCUGUGCUGACUGUGGGAAAGCCAGGCCAGAUGAGCAAAGCUCAUUCCAGAAACAUGGCUGGGGGUUUCCAGCCUCCUUACCACAUGGCCUUUCCAAGAUUCCAAGUUGAUGAUGCAAACUGAAAGCAGUGACUGCCAGGGCCCAGAAGGCAGUGCCUGCUGUGUGCAGGACCACAGAGGCUGCCCGGGGGUGGCACAGCACAGAGAAGUGGCAGUGCCAUGUUUAGAUGUCUGGUAGCAGAUUAGGUGAUAAAUAUAAAUUUCUUCAAAAUGGAAGGAAGUGAGUGGGGAGGAAGAGGAGGGAAAAUGGGAGGACAGGAGGAAGGUGGACAGGCAGGCAAGUUCUCUGCCAUGGGACCAUGGAAGUGACAGUUAACCCAGAAGGAACAAAGACAUCUGAGUCAGAUAUUCCUUUGUAAAUCUGUAGAGGAUUUGCAAUAUAGGCUUUACUUCUAAAAAUUGCUGUUGGGUCCAUGAGGCUGUUGCCAGGAAGAGCAGACACACCAUUCUUCGUGGCAACCGCAGUGAGGGAGCAGUCAGGAGGAAGAGUCCUGUGGCUUCCCAGUCCCUGUGGGGACUAAUGCCAAGCUCUGUAGAAUGAACCUUAGAGCACAUGCUCUAUGGUCUAAUGAGAAACUUGGGUUUGUGCUUUCACACAUUUCAAUGUUCCCUACGGGUUAUUUGACAAAGGUAUGAAAAUAAUGGCCAACAAGAAGCUAGUAUCAGUUUGGGGCCUACAUGCGGCAGGUGUUCCUGAUAAGCAGAUAAGCUCUUCCUGCAGUAGCCCAGGUCUCGCCAGUCAAAUGACAAAUGGCUAAUCAAGACAUUCCGGCAAGCCCUUGAUGGUGAGAGCGGCAGAGCUGCUUCUUCAGCUGCCAUCAAGGCAGGACCUCAGGACCUGACUGUCCACAGUCAGAAAAGAGUGAACAAUAUGGGAUAUGGGUAUAGGUAGGUGGUAGGCAAGGAUGGUGCCCCAUGGUUGAUGGGUCGGGUGUCUCAGGCAGGCCCCUGUGCAUGGAAACAGCCUAAGUGCAGAGGUGCCAGGCGUCUUUCCCAUCAUCCAUGGAAGGAGAAUGCGAUGGCCACAGACACCCUCAUGGCACAGACAUGACCAGCCUCUGACGUUCUUGUGCAUCGGAAUAGCUCUGUCCUCAGAGCCCCAGUCAGCAGAGCUGGAUGGCCAGGUCGCAAGAAGCAAACCACAAAAUGUGACGUCAGAGCUGUCAGAUCUCGUUCAAUAAACACUUCAGUAAACCCAA